GAUUGCGUUACUGGCGUUGACGUUUGAGUCCUCUCCCCAUUUAUAUACUCUCAUAACAACACCAAAAUCUCCGCUUCCCCCUUUCCAAUUCAUAUAUAUUAUAUUCCAUGCAAGAAGCAAUUCCUUAUAAAUCACAGAUGGCUGCCCGUUCGCGGCUUCACAAUUUCCUUGAAGGCGCUGUUAAUGACGGGGGUCGUCGAUUGGUUACCAACGGUAGCGGUACUAGCGUAACGAAAUUGGUGUUAGAGAAUGCGGUGAUAGUUUUCGGUAGACGUGGUUGCUGCAUGUGCCAUGUCGUGAACAGGCUGCUACUAGGGCUUGGGGUGAAUCCGGCGGUCUGCGAAGUCGACGAAGGGAAGGAAGAGGCCGUGCUUAAUGAACUAUCGAUAAUCAACAGUGGUGGGAUUCAAUUCCCGGCUGUAUUCGUGGGGGGGAAGUUGUUUGGCGGUUUGGAUAGGAUCAUGUCUACGCAUAUUACAGGUGAAUUGGUCCCUAUUUUGAAAGAAGCUGGUGCUUUAUGGCUAUGAGAAGAACUUGUGACAGAGACAAAGGACUUC